UUUUUACUAGAUCUUGAGACAUCUACCAUCUCUAUAAAGGAACUUUAUCCUUCUUUCUUCACAAUACACACACAUGAUCUGGAUCUCACACAAUUCUCUCAACACAUAACUUCAUCUUCUCAAGCUUACACACAGAAGAAUUAAGGUCUCCUCUCUCUCUCUCUCUCUCUCUCUCGAUUUCAAAUAGCAGACAACAAUAAUCAUCCACUCUCCCCUCCUUGUUCACAACAUACACACACACCCACAUGUCUUCUCUCUUUCUCUCUCUCUCUCUCGGCAUAUGCACCGGCAACCGAAGUCGGAGUUCCGACCGAGCUCCGGCGCCACCUUCCUCACCGACGAGCUCUCUCACCCAAACACCCAACCCUCACCUCUUAAACCCCCCUCUUCCGAGCAACAGGAACGACCACCACCACCACAGUCCGAUGGUGGUGCGACGGCAGAGACAGAGACAGGAGAGAAAGAGAGACGAGACGGAGAGAGAGGAAGAGAGAGCGAUGAGAGAGAGGAAGAGAGAGCGAUGAGAGAGAGAAAGAGAUGGUCGGCUCAACCAUCGACGGCGACGGAGCCGGUGACAGUGGUUCACGGCGGCAGUGGUACCUCCGACGACACUUCCUUUUCCGAGUUUCACCGAUGUGGUUCCGGCAGAUCGACGACGUGGCAGAGAUGGUGGAGGUGUUCCGUUUUGGUUCAGGUUCUGGUUUGAUCAGAUUGGGGGUGGUGCACUUCAGAUCCGUGUCCGGGUCCUGUUUUGGUAAUAGUUCAGAAUUAGUGUGGAUUCGGGUUCGAGUUUUAGAUUCAGCCGGUUCGGGUGUCUCGGUGCGGUUCGGGUCAACAUUUGGGUCUCGGUCAAACUCAGUCAAACCCGGUCAAAGCUAGUCAAAGAUAGUCAAAAUCAGCAGCGUCGUGGCGGUUCGGGUCACGGCUCAGUCACGGGACGAUUCGGGUUUUAUUUCGGGUGUUUCGCGGUUCGUGGUUCAGGUUGACUCGGUCAAACCGAGUCAACUCAGUUCAACUCGGUCCGACUCAGGUCAACAAGUGAGUUAACUCGGUCAACUCCGUUAGCAUUCGACACGAGAAGAUGGUAAAGUUUUAACAGUGAAUAUGUUGUUUUUAUAUAGUUUUUAAUUGAAUACGCGAUAUCGAGCUUAAACCGAACAUAUUAGUGUUUAAUUUAUAUGUUGUCGCUUUUACAAACUUACUUAUGCUGAUUAUUGAAUCUUGA